CGAUGCUCAGCUGCAGGCGUUCCGUCCAAUGAAGGCGAAUUAGCGAACCUCAAUUGACCAUAGCCCGGGUGCAUUCAUGCAACUGUGCCGCAGGAAUCACUGGACCGCUCCAGCCAUCGCAGCUCAUGUUGGCGGCUAUAGGUCAAAUUGGGCAGCGACAACACAUAAGAGGCCACCCACUUGGUGUUGUGUUACUCCCAGCCUUGCCUUUGGCGCAUCCCUCGGCCACACCUCAGGGAAAUCUGGCGCAUGGGGUGUUCCCCUCUCUUCAUGCGACCAUCACGCUCUGUUCUGGCGGAGAACUUCUCCUGGGACAGUACUACGCCUCCGCGUGCCCCCAUCGCCAUCAUCGCGAAUUGCGAACUCGACGAAGGUGAGGCCUUGCGUGCCUUUCACUUCGCUCUCCACCCUGUGCUCCAGGCCCGCCAUUCGAUCUAUGCACCUCUCCAGCAGUAACCCGAAAUACCGCCGACGCUCAGCCUGGGAAAGCCAAUUCAGCCCAUCUGAACACGAUAGAGUGACCUGGGGCAAUAGGCUUCGGUCUAAUCAGCCCAAGGUCAUUCGCGAGGCGCAAUGGAGGCAAUCUCACUCUUUGGGACGAUCCUUAGUAUCAUCACAACUUUCCGCGAUGCCUUCCCGUCACUCGCUUCCGACGCGACCGAUUGGAAGAACUACGAAUUCUUCGACCGCGCUCGAUGGGUGAAGUUGCUCAAGAUCAUAAAAAACAUAGAAAAGUGGCAAUGGCGGUGGAUGGUGUAUUCCGAGGAGGCGGGACAGCAAGGAAGCCUGCAGUCCAAGUUCUGGGGCUCUUCCGCUUCUGAAAUAACAGAGCACGUCAAGUGUAUCCAAGACGAGGUGGCCAAGCUCCAAAAGCUGCUCAACACUCGCAGGAUUGACCGGGGAGGAGGUUGUUUCGGUAUCUUUAGGAAAAAGGGGCGGGAUGUCUUGUUCCGAUCGGGAGGCAACAUAAACAGAAUCCUCGAAACCCUUGACACGCUCGUCUUGGGCCUGGAUACGAUGAGCGACGAGGCCUACUGGCGUCUCUGGAGACGUCAAGAUUUUGGAGAAAAAGAACCACGGCCACCCGAGACCUCGGCUCUGCAUCAGUUUGGACACCAGCACCACCUGGUGAAGCUUGCCAUGCACACGUGGUUGACGUCCAACCAGCUUCGGGACUGCUGCUUGGGUAGGGGACGAAAACUCGAGUUGGAUAUCGAACUCGACCUCUUCUUUCGCCAGCGCCCGCAUGACGGGAUAGAACCAAGAUCGCAAGUGAUUGCAGAAGCAUCUCAGACCAAAAGCCUCGGCUACACUCUCCUAGUCAGCCAACCAGACUACAUGAAUAGGAGAAAAAGAAUUCGCCUUACCCCAGACCCAGCUCGUGUGCCCGAGAGAUGCAAGACGCUUUUCUCCGAAGCCUUCGACGUCGUUUCCGGUCAUGCGGGGGGCGGUGAAGCAGGGCUCGAGCUGGUCACAAAAGGUCAACGCGUAACCAUGAAGCUAGAAGAGCUUCAGAACGUCGUUGGCAACCUACCAGAGCCUACAUCACUGCGCAGCCAACUAAGCUCGCAAUCAGCGAGGGAGUCCGUGGACGACCCAAUACGCAAGAUCGAUCAUCAAAUAUGGAAAAUGAAGCGAGCUUUCCACAUUUCCGAGUUCUGCUUGCUCUUUUUCAAGUCCAAGUGGAUGAGUUGGGUAUGUAGCUGCAAUAUCCAGGAGUAUGACCUUUCGUCUCUCGACACUACUACCAACAGCACGUUCCUCGUCGACCAGCGGUAUCUGUUUGCGGUUAAAGGCCUUAGCAGUGACGACAAGGAUGUGCCGCCAGCGGCUUGCGCUGCGGCACCAGCCACACCGAAUGGGUCGGGCAAUGGGACUGCGACGUUGAAGCCAUGUUGGUGCCAGUCGAAGCUGAGCGAUGAUCCAAAGGACAAGAAUGUGGCCUCGAGUCUGCAAAGAUACCCCCUCUUCUCACUGGGGUUGAUCUUGGUCGAGAUUGGCUUGGGACGCCCGUUACAGGAAAUCCAGGUCAACAAGGCUGUUGUUGACGUGAACUCGAUAUUCUUCGGAUACCACGACUCUUCGACCUCGGACCCAAUAGUCAAGAAAUCGCUCGAAGAAUUGAGGCCGAUUUUCAACGAUGUCUUGGCUGACGACGACGACGAUGAAGACAACAAGAGGGCGAAGAAAGCAGGAAGCGACUUCUAUUCCGCCGUCAAGUUCUGCCUCAAGUCGAGAGACCCACCAGGCGUUGACAAGACGAAACUUGAAGAAUUCUUUCUAGAGGUCGUGUGGAAGUUGCACAAUAUCCAAAAAGACUUGAUCGAACAGCGCGAUGAACUCCUGCGUAAUAAAGGCCAGCAGUUACUGCCGAGGAAGCAGACACAGCAGGAGGCAUAAGUAGAUCAGGAGAUGAAGGUAUGAUGAGCUUGGGUGGUGUUGGGAAAUGAGAAUUCCAACGGGCCUCUUAAUUUGUAUCUAAGUCCUGCCACCUGAUUGGCUUACACUCUGAUAAGAUAAGACCUCUCACCGCGGGGUGCACCAUGGCGGGGCAGGCGGUCAGACGUGGCAUUUUGACCUGUCAAUGGACGAAGCUUCCCAUUGAGUCAUCGAAACCGUAAAUGGAAAGAACCUUGAUGAAUUAACUUUGGAGAACCCUUGAGGCCCUGAAACUUGCAUCUUUAACCCUGCCAAAUCUUAGCUCGAGUCAGACCCUUCCCAGCACAGACUUAACACCAACAAUCGCAUGCUUAGACGCAUCCCACUUCCACCCUUCUCACUCCAUACAUUCUACCGC